UGCUUAAUAAAUAAAUGGAGAGUUCUGGUGUAAAUGUUUAUGUUGCUCUUUUUUGCUUCCCCCUUCCCUCUCCUUUAAAUAAACCAAAAACCCCCCAUAACAUUUCACCACAUCCCACCACCCUUCCCCAACCCAUGGCUCUCCUACCCUGCCUCCUCCUCCUCCUCCUCCUCCUCCCUUUCUCCCUCGCUGCCUUCAACCCGUGCUCAUCUCCCUCCACUCCCGGUGACAUCACCAUCCUCCACAUCAACAGUAAAUGCUCCCCAUUAAUCUCCUCUCCCACCACCCCCCUCGACUCCCUCCUCCAACUCACCCACCGCAUUGAUCCUGCCCGCCUCUCCUUCCUCUCCUCCCUCUCCACCUUCUCCGUCCCCAUCGCUUCCGGCCAACACAUCCUCAACUCCGCCAUCUACCUCCUCCGUGCCACCAUCGGCUCCCCUCCUCAACCCCUCCUCCUCGCCCUCGACUCCGCCGCCGACUCCUCCUUCCUCUCCUCCUCCAACUUCUCAUCUUCUUCCACUUUCCAACCCCUACCCUGUUCCUCCUCCCUCUGUCCCCUCUUUACCCCGCUCCCCUGUUCCUCCCCAUCCUCCCUUUGCACCUACAACCAAUCCUACGGCGGCGACUCAUCCUUCUCCGCCGCUCUCUCUCAAGACACCCUUCACCUCGCCGGUGACAACAUCCCAUCCUUCACCUUCGGCGCUGUCACCUCUGUCUUCCCCGGCCCUUCGUUCCCCAAACAGGGCCUCCUCGCCCUCGGCCGCGGCCCCGCCUCCCUUCUCUCCCAAACCACCUCUCUCUACCACUCCGUCUUCUCAUACUGCCUCCCUAGCUACAACUCCUACUACUUCUCCGGCUCCCUCCGCCUCGGCCCCCUCCACCAGCCCCCCCAUAUCCGCUCCACCCCUCUCCUUGUCAACCCCCACCGCCCCUCGCUCUACUACGUCAAUCUCACUGGUGUCAGCGUGGGCCGCAUUCGGGUCGCCACGCCGCCCAACUCAUUCACCUUCGACCCCUACACCGGGGCCGGAACAGUGGUGGAUUCCGGCACCGUUAUCACCCGCUUCGUCGCCGCAGCUUACGCCGCCAUACGCGACGAGUUCAGGCGCCAAGUGAACGCAACGAAUGGGUACGAGACGCUGGGAGCGUUUGACACGUGUUACUCGACGGCAAACAAUGAUGUAACGGCGGCGCCGCCGCCGGUGGUCACGCUGCAUUUGGACGGAUUGGAUCUCGCGCUACCUGCGGAGAACGCUCUGAUACACAGCAGCGGGCGGCCGCUCGCUUGUUUGGCGUUAGCGGCCGCGCCGGCGAACGUGAACGCGGUGGUGAACGUGAUUGCGAGCUACCAGCAGCAGAACCACCGGGUUCUGGUGGACGUGGCAGGAGCUAGAGUUGGGUUUGCGCGGGAGCUGUGUAGUUAGGGUGUGUUUUUUUGUUAUAUGUGGGUGUUAGGAUGGGUAGGUUUUCUUGUGUGGUUUAGAAAAAUAAGCGAUUCGUGGGGCCGGUGCUUCACGGGAACGGGAGGGAGGGGGAGGGCUUUUGUUUGAUUGUGAGUUGCGGCAUUGCAAUUAUUGUCGGAAUAGUCUGUGUUGUGGAAAUAGGAAAUUUGUAUGGUUUGAAACUGUCAUAACGAUAAGAUUUUCAUAAAUGGGUCAAUUGGAGAUGGAUAAAUUCUAAAAUA